GAAUCAAAUCCCUAAAUUGCUAAUAAUUUUAGAAUCACAACUUAUCAAUUUCAAUAGCCGAACCAACGUAAAUAUGCCCAUCAAUGAUGAAUUCCACUAAACUUCAAUUCACUUCGACCAUAAACCCGAACCCAUGGCCUCUGCAAGUCUAUCAGCUUGCAGCAUUCUAUGGCUUCUCUUCGUAUCACAUUCAUUCUUGCCAUCCGUUAGCUUCACCGAUGAACUCUGUUUAGUUAUUUUCGGUCUGCCUCAUUGCAGCUAUCACCAAGCUUGAUGGUGGAGAAAUCCCCAGAGUCCAAUGCAGGAACUAAUGUGAAAUGUGAGAGAGUUCAUAUUUAAGGCUUUCGCAGGCUUAAACAUUUGAGCAUGUUUGCCAUUUCUGUGAAGGUAAAAGUUUCAUAUGUAAAUCCAAGUGGCCGACCGCCGAAUGUCGAGAUCUGUUUCCACAGCAAUGUGUCCCUUGGGAUAGGGAUGUGUCCUCAAGGUCAGUGGGAGAGACUUACUAAUGGUUUAUAGGUUGGAUCAAUGUGACCAAAAUCAAUGUCACUCUUUGGUCACCAGCUCUUAGAUAUACGGAUGGGAGCUGCUUCUUCAGGAAGUCUCCAGGUGUCCCUUGAUGAAGAAUUUUUCUUAUACCGCAAGGUAUUUUUGGUCUUGGGGAUAAUGAUGAUAACUCUUGCUUCCUGGCUCAGCAAGUCUCUAGUAUUUUACUGUAGUAGUGCAACGUCAGUAGGAGUUCUUCUUGUGAUAUUGGUGAUUCUUUUCCAGGGAAUGAAGCUUCUUCCAACUGGUCGGAAGAGUUCUCUGGUCAGCUUAUGGGUUUUCCUUCUUGACUAUGUGCCAAGAUUGUUGCGUUCAGUACUUCUAGAGAUUGGAAUCUCUCAAGACAUGUACAAUCCUCUGGCAAUAUUUCUGCUUGGUUUCUUGCAAUUGCUGGAGCUUGGCUGGGUUAUUGGAUUGUUUGCAAACUUGUACUUACAGGGGAUGAAUCUAUUGAUAUUGGUGUAUCUCAUUUUGUUGUCUGGUCAAUUAGGAUUGUUGCUUCAGUGCUGAUCCUUCAGGUUUUGCGUUAGAUUUUUGAUUUCCAUUUGACGGAGUUUCAUUGAAUCUAUUUUUGGUGGGAAGUAAUGAAUGAUGCGUUUGUGCUUCAGAGGUCUUAUGAUCAAUUAUUUGCAGUGGAGGAUUUGGUAGGUGGAAUUUUUUUGUUUCUGCAGCUUUGAAGAAAUUGAGCAAACCAAAGGUCAUUCAUCUGGUUUACAAGUGAGUUCAAGUUAUAAUUCUCAUGCAAAAUAAUCCCUUUUUCUGGUUAAAUUUGGUUAUAACCCAAUGGCGUGAUAUUAUCCCCUCAAAGAAGUGUCUCCGGAAUUCACUCUUGCUACCUCUGUCAUAGUAGCAUAUAUAUAGUUGGGCAUCUGUCAUACAUUUAUUUUUUACUUUUCUAUGUUCCAAUGCUAUUAUUAGAUUUUUCUUUUUUCUUUGACAUGCAUAUAAUUUGAGGGACUCUUACAGAAAAUUGUGUAGAUUAGAGAUAAAUCUUGGAAAAUCUCUGGAUCCCUAUGCAUCAAAUAUUGAUGAAUCCUAUGUUAACAGACCUUUCAUCAAAUCUCCACAUACUCCUCUUCAAGGUUAGCUUUACUUUCAACAUGAAAUAUCUGCACUGAUGAAUUGAUUUGAUGAAUCUCUGAACUAACUUCUUUUUCAUCUUCCUCUUUUGCCCAUUUUUCGUCACUCUUAGGUUCAAGAGGGCGAACACUCCAUAUGACUACGCUUUUCACCAGCCAGAUUGUUCCCGACCAACACUUGACUAGGCUUAGCUAUUGACUUUCAGGAAGAACACAGUUCACUGAGAAGAAGUAUGUUUCGUCUAUAUAAUUCAAUUGAAAUUAACCUUUCUGUAAUCUACUGUAGUAGUAGGGAUCUAUGAAUUUUUGGUUUUCUUCU